GAUACAUAAAUGGACGCUGAAAUAUCUCUCUAUUAUAAUCAUAUUACAUACAUAUACAUAAAAUCUUAUUAACGCGGUACGAAAAUUACCACGAUCUUUUAGUCACUCGCGUGAAACUUAUGAGGAGCUGUCAAAGUGAUAAAGUAGUGCCAUUAAAGAAAACCAUAGUUGUUAGUUCCGGGAAAGGUCGAUCGUUUGCACCACAAUGAGACGUCGCAAUAAUUCAUCCGUGGGAUGCAAUCAUCUCGAAUCGCGCGUGCCUCCUACGAUUUAGCGUUCAAUCAAAACCGUUGACCGUGAAAUGGGAUUAACGGGCCGGCCAUUCUAGACAUUUCGUCUGAGCCCACACCACAUCACCAAACAACGAUAUCUUCUAUAAUUAAUGUUACGGCGAGCGCUUUUCGUAAGACCGUGUGUGUCGCCAACAAUACGUAAUCUCGCUAAUAAUAAUGAUAUAAUCGCCGGCACGACAAUGACGAUGACGGACCUGUUGCGUACAGUUUUCGGCCGUUUCUUGCAUGGUUGACUUUUUAGGUCAACUUCAUCUAUGGCGGUUCCACUACGCCACGUAACGGAUUGACAGAAGACAAUUCCUCGCAACGUGCAAUCGUCGGGUUUUUCGCGAGUACUGCCGAAAAAAAAGAAGGACCGCUGCUUUCUCGUGUUACGUGCACACACGCGUUCACCGAGCGAUUUAGCGACGGUUUGCGUUUCACCGAAUGUGAAAUCCGACCGAAUCCGCGAGCAGAAAAAUUCCACCUGCUUCGCUUCAGGUCGUUGUCUCGGACUUUUGUCAUGGCUAUACGUGUGAGUUUCGCGUUAGAAUGUUGCAGCAUGGUGUUGCGACAAGGCAGGCGACGAGUUGGCAUUGAGCACGCCAUGGCUAUCUCACUUUCAUAAUGCUGAUAUUCUCCCUUUCGUUCGUUCGCUGGGCGAGACAGCAGCUUGGGGGUGGCCGAUAGGUCGCUGGGAUCUGAUCGGGCGCAGCGAUGCGGAUUGAUAAGGCGCGACAAUAAAUUAACGACGGGCGUUAACGAGCGAGACGACGAAGAAAGACACGGUCAUGCGAUAUGUACGCAUGUACCAUGACAGAGAGUGUCACGUCACCUUGCUUGUCUACGUCUCCUAGCGCUCUUUGCAGCGUGGGUUUUUAUUGUAUGUCGCAUAGUGUCAGAGGUGUUCACGCGAGACACACCUCUUGCAUAUGUCGCGCAUAUUCGUAUUUAACGUUACGAUAUGUAACAUAUGUAUUCCUCAGAUACGCAACGUAUCAAACUUAUUAUUUUUUUUAAUUGAAAUCCAAAACGCCACAACUACUAAGAAAAAACAGCUUCAAAACGCUAUAGUUAAUAAGAAAAUGUAAUAGUCGCGAUUUUUAGAAGUGAUCGUAACUUUGUAAUAUUUACAUGAAUAAAUAUGUAUGAGCGAGUUAAUUUGUAAUAGCGAUUACAUAAAUUCAACAGAAAUUCAAUAGAAAUUCAACAAACAACCACGCGAGUCGCGGAGGUCCGGGUAGACCAUGAAUGCAUUACGAGCAAUGCGCUUUAUAUUGUGUGGGAAUGCAUUCUCAAUACGGAUUGUCCUUCGACUUCCAGUCCUUCGUUUGCUCAGGGCUGGUAAGUCGUUUAGCGUCAUGCGCUUUUGUUGCUUCUCGACGUCGAGGUCCAUUCUAUCAGCGACGUGAUUUAACUGAGAUCACUCGAGGCAGAAUAAACGAUAGAUAUUUGUUCGGUAACGAUAAAGAUAUCGAAUUAACGCAUACAACUCAACAAAAUCAUUAAUUUCUUGUAUUUAGAAAUUUGUCGUAUUUAGAAAAGAUAAAUAUCUUAAUAAAUAAUCAUCUUAAAAAAACAAAUAAUAUCUCAGCUUGAAUCCAGCAAAUGAAAAUCCGAUCAACGGGGGGGAUUUAAGUCCAUCGAUGCACUCGAGAUGCGAUCGAGUGCUUCAUUAGCUCUUCGACACGCUUCCGACUGCGGAGUGCAGGAACCGCGUUCAAAUGUCAAGGUCACCAAAGGGGCGACGAUAGCCUUCCCUUUUCCGAUCCAUGGGCGAACCUCCCCGGUUCAUCGGUUUAGGCGAUCACAUCUGGCUCCCUCCAGGUCGCCGGCGAUCCGCUUACGUGGGAGGGGACGGACGAACGCGACUAUAAAUGGUACCAACCGGCCGUUCUCCAGGAACACAAAACGCCGAACCGACGACCGGCCCGGGCUUCACUCCUGGGAGCGAGUACUGACAGACAGCAGCGCUCAUUUUACCAGGAAGAAGUCGUGUGGGAGCCCAGCGGAGAACACACGCCCCUAGAUCGUCAUGAGAGGCCUGAUUUUCCUGUUCGCCCUUGUGGCAACCUGCAGAGCCGCUUACGUUGGUUCGUCGCCGUACCCCUUGGUUCACCACGGUUCACCGCAGCAGAUCGCUCCGAAUUAUGCGCCACCAGCUCCAAUCGGCGAAGACGGCAACGUCAUCGAUACGCCGGAAGUGGCGCAAGCGAAGGCUGCACACUUUGCCGAAUUUGCGAAGGCCGCCGCCCGUGCGGCCCAGGACGAGAAGAACAACCAGUCCCCCGAUUACAACCCUCAGAUCUCCUCGCCAACGUACAGUUAUCAGGCCGUUCAACCGACCGCGGUGCCUUAUCUGAGACAGGCCAGUUAUCAGCAACCCACUCCGAUCUACCAGACGCCCAAUCAUGUACAAUCACCCAUCUACACCCCAUUGAACUACCAGCAACCACAGCCUCAUUAUGAUGCCCGGGCUAACUUUGUGGGUCAGAAGAACUAUGCGUUGCCCGUGAAGACGACCACCUUUAUGCCGGCGCCAUUGGCCGAGGACGGGACGGUCGUAGACACACCGGAAGUGGCGGCCUUGAAGGCAGCCAGACUGGCCGAGCUCGCUGAAGCCGAGGCCCGGGCUUACAAGCACGCGAGUGCUUAUCCAGACGAGGACCAGAGUCAAGUUUACUCCGGAUCACCAGCCGGUCCUGCGCCCGUCAACUACAACCCCGGUCUGGGACACUACGGUAGUUCCCGAGCGUUCUCAGGACCUGUGUACCCUGGAACUCAGCCUUACGCCACGCAGCAAGCAUACAAUCCGUCAGUGGGUUAUCAGCCUCACCAUUAUCAGUCCCAGCAUCUCAUAGGAACUUACUCGCAAGCUGAAUCUCUGGGAACCGAGGAAUAUCCAUGUAAAUCCCAGCAAGUAUUGAAACGUAGUCAUCUCAUAGCGUUACAGUUGCGGAGGUUGCCACAUAGGUCACCGGUGUACGAAAGACGCUGGUCGUCCGUGAAUCGGACGGUGAAGCGUGUUUUGCAACCACAGAAAAGUUCGGACGAAUGCACGUUGCACUGUUGCGUUGCGGUCGCUGUAGCCAAGGCUAAACAUCUCGCAGCUCACGCCCGCGCCGUGGCGACUGCAACGUCGUCGAGCUGCGAAUUCGACGCCUACAAGCGUGAGGACUUGCUCUACUUGUCAGCGAUCCAUUUGGUAUUACCGAUCGUCUAUCGGGGACCGUCGGCCCCGGAUGGCCGGGUUGUUGAUACACCGGAAAUUAUCUUAAUCUCCAUCGUUGCGAUAACUUUGGCUACACCGACGUAUUAUCAAUACCAUGGACCACCGGCGCCCGUAGGCCACGAUGGAAGAGUCGUGGAUACACCGGAAGUGGCUCAUGCUAAAGCGGCGCAUCUCGCCGCCGUGGCGGAAGCUGCCGCGAAAGUUCCGCAUAGUGCAGCUUCCUAUGCAGAAGAUGAGGACUAUCACGGAUAUUCGAAACCUAUAUCCGUCGGCCAUCGGAUGUACCAUAACGAACAUAAAUACCACGGACCGCCUGCACCGCUGGAUCACGAAGGUCGCGUGGUAGACACGCCGGAAGUUGCCCGAGCGAAAGCGGCACACCUGGCAGCUUACAAUCACGUAGCUUCCACGGCACCUGUCGCGGUCACCGACGAUCGUUCGCAGAUUUACAAGCCACCGGUUUACAACCACGGCUAUCACGGCUCGACGGCCCCCUUGUUCCACGACAGAAGAGUGAUUAAUACCCCCGACGUCGGACAAGCUCAUGCCAAUGCAGUUCACGAUCAUGACAGUUACGACGAUAGAGUUAAAUUGAGCACAUUUAUCAUGGAGCUUCUCGAGCUUGUCAAGCUCAAUUGUUUUAAAUUAUUCAUUUUACAGAUCAUCCUCUCCGCACUCUGCGCGAUCGCGGCUGCAAAGCCAGCUUAUCUAGCUUAUCACAUUGGCGUGUCGCUCGGACCGGAUGGCAAGCUCUUGGAUACGCCAGAGGUAGCCCGGGCGAAAGCAGCGCAUCUCGCCACCCAGGCUUACGAGGCCGCCAGGAACACGCUCGGCUAUGGAUACGUGCCCGCUGCUGCUCUGGCCGUUUAUGCACCUGCAAUUACGUACGGCGCGCCCAUCGGUGCGGAUGGCCAAGUGGUAGACACACCCGAGGUCGCCCAGGCCAAGGCUGCCCAUCUCGCCGCUCACGCCCAAGAGGCUGCCAAAGCGGUCGGACUUCUCCCCUAUGGUGCUCUGGCAUAUUCUACUUCACCCGCGUUCUAUACCUAUAAUUAUGCUCCACUUGGACCCGACGGCAGAGUAAUAGACACCCCCGAGGUGGCGCAAGCUAAGGCCGCACACUUAGCCGCACACGCACAGGCAGCCGCCCGAAACGCUAAUUGAUGAUCCUGACAACUGUUGGAAACUGAUACGCCGCAUAUAUUGAUCAAAAGCUCAAUCCGGAACCAAUUCCAGAUCAAUCGGAGAAGAACGAGCGGAGACUCCCGUGCCAUGUCUUGUCUAUGGAUCUGAUAUGUAGAAACGCUUUGACAAUAAAUGAAUUUUGACAAGUUCGAUGCUU